UUCUCUCGCGCAGUGUUCCCGCGCGCUGCCCCGCGACCGCACGCGCCAUGACAGUUCAGUGACAGCUCGCAGUGACAGUUGACAGUUCUGUGCCGCCAUGACGCCCGCGCAUGCGCGCUACGCCGCGCUCCUGCUGCUCGCCUUCCUGUCUCCUAGAGCCUGCCAGGAUGACUCCUUCGCCAGCUCCUUCCUCUCAGGUCUACUAGACACGCUAGACACCCAAGUGGACGCCAAGAACUGCCCCGGCGUGUGCAUGCACGCACUGGCCACGCUGAUCUGCCCGCAGGUGCUCGACGACGUGGAGUGCCCCAACCCCUCCAUGAAGUGCUGUGCUGAUGAGCCGCCAGGCAACGAGACGCUCCCGACGACUCGCAAGCCGCCGACCACGCGCUACACCACCACGCCGGAGCCAGACGACGACGAUGAUGAGGAGGAGACCACGCCGCGCCCGCCGCCGCCGCGACCGGAGAAACACAAAGACAGUGGCAACAUAGGCUGCCCCGGAGUCUGCGUAGAAGACCGCAUCGCUCGCUACUGCGAGGCCUACCUUCCGUCGGAGCGGCUGUGCGCGGCCGGCAUGCGCUGCUGUGUGGCGCGCGACGCCUACUCCGAGAGCAGCGAGCUGGUGGUGCCCAAUGAGAAGACCACUAAGAAGCCCAGCACUGCGCUAACAACGACCUCCCAGCCGCCACCAAAAGGAGGCAAGCCACACAAGUGCCGCGGCGACUGCAUCAGCGGCCUGUUCGCGUUGCUCUGUGACCAUGUGGAUGAGAGCGCCACCUGCCCCGGGGAAGGCACGUGUUGUGUGCACGACGCGCCGCCGGGCAAGACUGAACCCACUACCACGACGACGCCGAGGCCUACCACUCCGAUUCUUCCAUUACUUCCGCAGCCGCCGCUCCCCCGCUGCCCCGGCUACUGUCUGCUCAACAUCAUGGCGGCGUUCUGCGAGCGGCCGGCCGUGCUGCUGUCGCACACGCACUGCAAGCUCAGCGGCUCCGUGUGCUGUGACACGCGCCCCACGACGACCCCGCGUCCCACCACGCCGGCGCCCACCAGCCCCGCGCCCGCAGACCCGCGUCCCGACUGUCCCGGCUCCUGUAUCGUGUCGCUGCUGUCUUUCACUUGCUUCCGCAACGCCGAAAUGACGGACGUGUUCAAGUGCAAAAAAGCCGGCACCCAGUGCUGCGCACCCAAGUCCCGCAUCCAGGAGGCGCUGGGAGUGAGACCCGACGCGCGCAACGACACCGCCGCGCUCAGCACCGCCGGCUACGCGCAGUAUACCACGCCAGUGCCGCAUACCACGCCAGGGGAUUAUACUCCGUACGACCCUCCAAACUACGCAUCUACGAUGAGGAUACCGGAGAAAUACAACAAAUACGUCUGCGGAGUUAAAGGCACGUCAUCCCGCGGCGCGCGAGUGAUGGGCGGCGCGGACGGCGCGCGCGGCGAGUGGUGCUGGCAGGUGGCGCUCAUCAACUCACUGAACCAGUACCUGUGCGGAGCUGCGCUGAUAGGCACCCAGUGGGUGUUGACCGCUGCGCACUGUGUUACUAACAUCGUCCGUUCAGGCGACGCGAUCUACGUCCGCGUCGGCGACCACGACCUGACGCGCAAGUACGGCUCCCCCGGCGCGCAGACGCUGCGGGUCGCCACCACCUACAUACACCACAACCAUAACAGCCAGACGCUGGAUAACGAUAUUGCGUUGUUGAAGCUGCAUGGGAAGGCUGAGCUGAAAGAAGGAGUCUGCCUGGUGUGUCUGCCGGCGCGCGGGGUGUCCCACGCCGCCGGCAAGCGAUGCACCGUCACCGGGUACGGGUACAUGGGAGAGACCGGUCCCAUCCCCCUGCGAGUGCGUGAGGCCGAGCUGCCCAUCGUGAGCGACGCCGAGUGCAUCCGCAAGGUGAACGCCGUCACGGAGAAGAUCUUCAUCCUGCCAGCCAGCUCCUUCUGCGCGGGCGGGGAGGAGGGGAAUGAUGCGUGCCAGGGCGACGGCGGCGGCCCGCUGGUCUGCCAAGACGACGGGUUCUACGAGCUGGCGGGUCUCGUCUCCUGGGGCUUCGGCUGCGGCCGCCAGGACGUGCCCGGCGUGUAUGUCAAGGUGUCCGCCUUCAUCGGAUGGAUCAACCAGAUUAUUUCGGUCAAUAAUCUAUAGGAGCAUGGUGGGAUGGGUAACGGGAUUGGUGAGAUGAAAAUGUAGAGUGACGUUCGCAUGGGCGUUUAUACAACGUCCGAUAAAAAUCAUUCACUUAGAAAAGUGUUAGAAAAGUUGUUGACUAGUAAAUAUGUUCGCAAGUUUUUUAUCGAACACUAUGUUAAU